UUUCUCAGGAGACUUAAAAGAUCAAACUCACAUCAACUCGUUGCCCUCUCUCCACUUCAAAAAAAUAUGGAACCCUCUAAACCCUCAAACCCUCUCUUAUCUCUAUCAACAGUCAUCCACCAACACUGCCUCCGUCUCGGUGCCGAAUUCUCAGCUCGCGUCAGCGACACCACUCGAUUCCUAUCUGGCAACUUCCCUCCACCUAGCCGGCUCCGUCUGGCGCCAUCGCCGCCGUUCGCCUCCGUAUCGCAGCCGAAACAAACAGCUAACACCGCCAAUCUCAGCUCGGAACACGUGGCGAAAGCUCUGGUAGGAACAGCCGUUUACACAGUGAGCAAUUCUGACAAUGAGUUCGUGCUUAUCUCGGAUCCUAAUGGAGCUAAGUCCAUUGGCUUGCUUUGCUUUCGACAAGAAGACGCUGAGGCAUUUCUUGCUCAGGUUAGGUUGCGGAGAAGAGAAUUGCGAAGCCAAGCUAAGGUGGUGCCUAUUACACUUGACCAGGUGUACAUGCUGAAGGUUGAAGGAAUUGCGUUUCGGUUUUUACCUGAUCCAGUUCAAAUAAAGAAUGCAUUAGAGCUCAAAGCUGCUGAUGUCAGGAGUGGGUUUGAUGGAGUUCCUGUUUUCCAGUCGGACCAACUGGUUGUGAAGAAGAAAAGCAAGAGAUACUGCCCAGUAUAUUUUCAAAAGGAAGAUAUAGAAAAAGAACUGUCAAAGGUUUCAAGAGCAUCAAGGGGUCCCAGUCUUUCUCAACAUAUUAUGGUUGGAAGUUUAGAGGAUGUUCUGAAAAAAAUGGAGAUUAGUGAGAAGAAUUCUGGCUGGGAAGAUCUGAUUUUCAUUCCACCGGGUAAAAGCCAUUCUCAACACAUUCAGGAGAUAACUAAGGCAUGAUGCAUUGCAUUCAUUGUUCUGGCUGACUUUAAGAAGGGAUAUCAACAAGCAGCAGGGAUUCGCAUCUUCCGUGCUCAUGAUCUUUGUGAAGCAGAUGUGGUCUAGAGUAGCUUGGGAAGCAACGAAGGGAUUCAUUUCACUUUGAUAGAAGAAUAACAUGAAAGAAUGGACCAGCAAACAUUCAAUUCGGUAAAAGAGGUGAGCUCAACUUAGAGGAACUUAAGGCAUUGCCUGUACAGUUUGAUGGUUCCGAUAACUGAAAAUUAUCAGCUGACUAUUAUUUUUUAUCACUUUAUGAAAUGGAAAUGGCUUUCAACUACCACAA